CUGUCUGCAGCUGCAGGUGCCUGCGCCCAGCGCGCAAUCCUGCUUGGCCAGUCCCUCAGCCACGUCCUGCUAGGCAGGUGUCUUCUGUCUCCAUCGUUCCCGUGUUGUUAGCCCCUGCUUCUCGAAUGGAAGCAUCAUUCUGAGACAUCCAGCUACAUUUCUGAGGCCUACAUUGAACAGCAAUGAGUGUUUCUCCCAGGGUACUGUAACUAGAGUGUCCAGGUCAGUGCAAACUUGACCAUGGGAGCCAACACUUCAAGCAAAGCACCAGUGUUUGAUGAAAAUGAGGAUGUCAACUUUGACCAUUUCGAAAUUUUGCGAGCCAUUGGGAAGGGCAGUUUUGGGAAGGUCUGCAUCGUGCAGAAGAACGACACCAAGAAGAUGUACGCCAUGAAGUACAUGAAUAAGCAGAAGUGUGUGGAGCGCAACGAAGUGAGGAAUGUCUUCAAGGAGCUCCAGAUCAUGCAGGGCCUGGAGCACCCUUUCCUGGUGAACCUGUGGUAUUCCUUCCAAGAUGAGGAAGACAUGUUCAUGGUGGUGGACCUGCUGCUUGGUGGGGACCUGCGCUACCAUCUGCAGCAGAACGUCCACUUCCAGGAGGACACAGUGAAGCUCUUCAUCUGUGAACUGGCCUUGGCCCUGGACUACCUGCAGAGCCAGCGCAUCAUCCACAGGGAUAUGAAACCCGACAAUAUUUUACUUGAUGAACAUGGGCAUGUGCACAUCACAGACUUCAACAUUGCAGCCAUGCUGCCCAAGGAGACUCGGAUCACCACCGUAGCUGGCACCAAGCCGUACAUGGCACCAGAGAUGUUCACCUCUAGGAAGGAGACGGGCUACUCCUUUGCUGUUGACUGGUGGUCCCUGGGGGUGACAGCCUAUGAACUGCUGAGAGGCCGGAGACCAUAUCACAUCCGAUCCAGUACUUCCAGCAAGGAAAUUGUGAACAUGUUUGAGACGGCAAUUGUAACUUACCCUUCUGCCUGGUCACAGGAGAUGGUAUCCCUUCUUAAAAAGCUACUUGAACCUAAUCCAGACCAACGAUUUUCUCACUUGACCGAUAUUCAGAAUUUCCCUUACCUGAGUGACAUGAACUGGGAUGCUGUCCUGCAGAAGAGGCUUGUUCCAGGCUUCAUUCCAACUAAAGGCAGGCUGAAUUGCGACCCCACUUUUGAGCUUGAGGAAAUGAUUUUGGAGUCCAAACCUCUUCACAAGAAAAAGAAGCGCCUGGCAAAAAAGGAGAAAGAGAUGAGAAAAUGUGACUCCUCUCAGGCAUGUCUUCUUCAAGAGCAUCUUGAUGCUGUUCAGAAGGAAUUUAUAAUAUUCAACAGAGAAAAAGUAAAAAGAGACUUUAAUCAAAGACAAGCAAAUCUAGCUUUGGAACAAACAAAAAACAAUGAAGAAGAAGAGGAUGGCCAGAGUAACAACCUGUAAGAUGCUUCAGCAUCUUAGGGGCUCAGUUCUC